UCUGCUUUCUGGGAUGUCUGUAUCUGAGCGGGUGGCGGUGGUGCUGGGGGGAGCUGGCACAGUGGGCUCGGGGAUUGUCAAGUCGCUGCUGGAGAAAGGCUUCCAGGUUGCCGUUAUCUCCCGGGAUGGAGAGAGACUGGAGAAACUCAAACAGUUCUUGUCGCCAUCACUCCAGAACCGCUUGCACACCCUCGUGGGGGAUGUGGGUUCUGAAGAGGGAGCCGAAGCAGCCAGAGAGGUGAUCCUGAAGACCCUGGGGAAGGUGACAGAUGUGGUGUCCUGCCUGGGCUUCAGCUGGUGGCAAGAGGGGCCACCCCACACCCAGUCACUGGAGGAACUGCAGCGGGUCUUGGACAUGCUGCUUUUCAGCACCUUCACUUCCUGGAAGGCUUUCUUCCCCCUAGUCCGGGACAACCCCAGCGGCUCCUACACCCUCAUCACAGGAGGGGCUGGGGAGCGUCUCCUGCUGCCAGGCACUGGUUUCCUGACCCUGGGGGCAGCAGGGGCUCUGGCCUUCUGCCGGGUGCUGCGCGAGGAGUACCCAGAGAUUCCCUGCAAACUGAAUGAGGUGAAGAUUAACAUGGGGGUGACAACACCAGAGCGCCUGGGCCGCCCGGGCUACGUGAGCCACCUGGAGGUGGGCGAGGCAGUGGCCUCCCUGGUGGAGAAGAGGCGCGUCUCCCAUGCGGUGUUGACUGCUGGCUCACCUGCCGACCUCAGGACCCUCACCAUGGAAGGGCAACUGUGAG